AUGCUGGAGGCUGGUGGUGUUGCAGCUGCAGUUGAAUUGGUUUCCGGUAAAAUAUAUGUUGGUGUUUGUGUAGAUGGAACAUGUUCACUUGGAAUUUGUGCAAAACGAAAUGCAAUCUUCAACAUGUUUACAAAUGGAGAAAGUGCGAUCAAACGAGUGAUUGCCAUCAAUUGUGAUAGCAAAGUUAUGCCACCGUGUGGUGCUUGUCGUGAACUUAUGACACAGCUUAUGCCUGGGAAGUAUAAAAAUAUACAGGUUAUGCUGGAUUAUGACAAGAGUAAAGUUAUAACCCUCGGUGAAUUUACACCAGAAUGGUGGAUAUAA